UCUAUCUAUCUAUCUAUCAACCAAUCAAUCAAUCUAUCUAUCAAUCUAUCAAUCAAUCAUUCAACGAGCUAAUAUAUCAAACUUGUAGUAUUGAUUUACUCAACAAGUUUCUAAAUAUAAAAGCAAAAUGAGCGCUUACUAAAAGUAUUAGUAACCCUUUCUAUAUAACGCAACAAAGAAAUUUAUUUAUAUUUCUAUAUGAUUCGUUGAUGUUUACGUUUCAAAUAGAAAAAAGUGUAAUCGUUUAUCACUUUUACUUAGGCCUAACUUUUUUGUAUUUAUCGACAAAUUUUCUUAUCACGACAGUUUUAAUUUAUGUAUUAAACUACGAAUUAAAUCAUUAACUUUAUUUAAAAUUACCAUCACCAAAGAAGUGAAUGAUCCUGUCUGAUUUUUUUCUGUUCCCGCAAUCAGUUCCCUAUCGCCCUCAGUGAAAUCUCAUUGGUUAAGGCCUAAUACCUACCCCGACGUUGAUUGGCUAACAGGCGAAUUAUAUUUGACCAAUGCGUGUAGUGAGCUCGCAAAGUGUAGAGCCUUACAAUAGUUGCAUUCAUCGUAAACACACUAUAAGCACACCUGACUUAUUAACCAAUCAAGAGAUAGAAAGCAUGGGUCUACGAUCACCAGCACACCAACAGUGAUUAUUGAAGAGAUCAGCUGCAGAUGGCCGGAGGCUAUCCUGGACGUAUUACCGGAUCUCAAGGAAAAUACUGAAACAUCUUUAGCCUUCCUAUCGAUCCCAGUAGCAAGACGAUACCUGACAAAAGUUAGGCCUGAGUAAAGCAUCAAGAGCAGUUGGAAAUAUGAUGGCCUCGGACGGGCUUAGUCCCGCGUGUACUCUCUGGCUACUAGCUACCACAUUCAUCGUUCUCAUGUUUGUCUCCUCACCGGCAACAAAUAAUAGUUUAGAAAUUGUCAGUUUACCGAAAACAUCAAAGAAUGACAGAACAAGAAAUAGUUUCUUGAAACCUCAAGAUACAAAUGAAAUGAAACUUUAUAAAAACUUUCAUAUAAAUGAGAAUUCUGAAGAUAGGCAAACAGAUUCAUCCAAUCAUUUAAAAGUGCAAUAUCGGAUAAGUAGAGACAUAAGUUAUAGUGUGUUAGGGGAAUCAGUAUCAGGGGACAGUAUCAUGGACGAUGUGCAGACGAUAAACACUGAAGAUUAUUAUACAUAUGAUUAUUACGCUGAUGCCAUUGGAGAGGAAAACAUGCAAACAAGAAAUAAGCGGUCCAGCGCGGUUCUUCUUGACGAGAGUAAUUCUGAGUUUUUGUUGAAAAGGUUAGCAGAGAUGGUCGGUAAUUUUGAUAGCAAGUAUAUACCGAAUUUUACGACACCAAACCCAAAUAUUGAAAUAACAAUUGAAGUAAUAAGUGGGACGGACAAUGAUGCAGAAGUUUACAACUCAAACACUGGGCAAGAUAAUGUAGGCCCGUGGGGUGACUGGACAGCGUGUUCUGUAUCGUGCGGACACGGGUUGCGGCAACGCUCACGAUCUUGCUAUUCUACGAGAUGCGUUGCAUCAGAAACCCAGGAAUGUGAUUUCCAACCAUGUCCUGAAACAUCGUCAGUGGUUUACCAAACUAGUCCAGUUCCUGUCAGUAUUGCAGAAAAAGAUAACUGCGAAGAAUGGAUGGCAUGCAAGGAUCAACUGACGCCAUAUUUUGAGAGUCUGCCGAGUUGUCCCUGUUCAUAUCCAACUACUAUCUUCGAUACGGGUGCUAUAUGGGAUGAAGCGAGUGAAACGUGGUUUAACUGGGAAGACGCCAGUCGACAAGAAGACCACUUAGAUAUCUUCAAACCGACUGCAAAAUAUUGUAUUCGUUCGCUUCACUCUGAGCAUACCACUAGUUCAGCAUCUCAACAAUGUUGUUACAACGAUAAACUCAAGUUGAUAACGCGUGGGCCGGGAGCUGGCACCCCGCAGUUAAUUAGCGCAAAAAUUUCCGAAGAAUUGCAUUAUAAAAUUGAUAUUCUUCCGUGGAUUAUUUGCAAAGGCGAUUGGACAAAAUAUAACCAAGUUCGACCUCCAAAUAAUAAAGCUGGCUGUCGAGAAUUUCCAAAUGAUUCCGAUAUGAUUCGGUAUAUUGAACAAGUCACGGAUUUUUAAUAUCAAAUCGUAUUAAUUUGAGAAAGUGCCAAAACAAGACUGAAGUCCAUUCCACAAACUUUGUACCUGAUACAUUAAAAUGUUUAUCGUUAUGUACAUUUUAAUGUGUCCAUUACAUUCGUAAUGUAGUUGAUAAUUGUUGACAACAGUGUGAGAUAUUUUACACGACAAAUUUCACACAGUUCAUUAUUUCGUUUUACGUACGUCAUGUAUUCCAAACGGGUUAUAUCUAUUUUUUUCUUCAUUUUUUCCAUUUUUUUUUAUUGGCAGUUUUCAUACCGUGUUGACGGAAUUAUCUUGACCAGCCUUUUCUCGUUUCAUCUUUUGAUUUUGAAAUUAUGAAAGUUUGAAGUAGGUCAGAGAAUCAGCAUGGUACGAAAAUAAAGUUGAAUAAUGAUUUUGAAAAAAUCUCAGGCGCGCCGCCAACGAAAUUAUUUUCUUCAAUGUCAAACGAGGGCGCUUUUUAUAACAAAUCAGGGUAUUCAGAGUCGUUCUGUAAAUAUUAUGUAUUAUGAAAAAAAGCCAAAAUGUACAUUUUAUAUUUCAACUAUCACCACGUGGGUGAAAAUAUAGAUUUACAUUUAUAUUACGUAUUUGCCUUUCGGAAAACAUAUUCAAAGGACAUUUAUUAUUCAUGUUAUAACCUUGUCUAAUGUCGUCUUGAUAUAAUAUUAUCAAUAAUUUGUAAUUAUUUAGCAAUGUUAAACAGCAUUUGAACUGGAUGAUACACGCACUCAUCGUUGGAAAUAUCUUAGCAUAUGUACUUUAAACAAACUAAUAUUGAUAUAAUGUGUGUUGUUAAAAACCUUGUUUUUGUCUUAAAUUUAUAUACAGUAAUAUAAACAAUGGCUACAAUAUUAGCCGCUACACCGCUAAUAAAAAUGUAUUACUGUAUGCAGAAAAUUAUCAUUUUCAUCAAUAUAUACAGUAUAAAAGAAAGCUGAAUCAUUGUUUAAUGUUUUUGCAAAAAUAAAUUGACAGUGUCGUAAACGUUAUUUUACAUUUUCAACACUAUGUUUAACACAAUGAGCUAUAUGUUGGUAUAUUAAUCCUAGUAUAUUUUCUUAAAAGAAUUCUGACAUAAUAUUAGUAACAUGCUAACAAUUCUGUAUUAUUACAUCAUUCGUUAGACGUGUUUUCAAACGUAUUGUCAAGGCGUUUGCAAACUUAUCAUCAAGGCAAAGGCCUCCAAAAGAAUGUGCUCGAAAUGUUAAUUACAAACUGUGAGUGACUGCUCGAUUACAUCAUUUCAAAACAUAGGAAGCACUUUUCCGUCGAUAGGUCAUGCUAAGCGCCCUCUCACAGUGUUGUACUAAUCGUUGUUCCUGGGUGGCCGAGACAUGGAUAUGUGCCUUAAUAUGUUCAGUUUAGAGAGAUCUGUAACACCUUUUUUUUUCGCUUUGCAAAAAAGUACAUCAUUGUCGCGUAUAGAUUACAUAUAAUGUAUUGCACCCAAUUACAGUGCUCUGCAGGUUUUAACAAAUGGACCCGAAAUUAUAUAUGACAUCAUAUCGUGAGACACUUCAAACUCCAGUUAAACACAAUUCAUUGAUCACUUCAACCCAUUUACUAUAGUUACGGUAUUGAAUUACGGUAUAAAAUUUGGAAAUGCAUGUAGGUCUCAAUACUAUUACGCCUUUUAGGUCACAAUUUGUUACCGUACUAUUUUAUAUAUUAUAUAUACGUUGCCUGGAAAAAUAAUCAUUAAACACAUUGGUAUUUAUUGAGAAACGUCA